CAGCAGCAAGUAUAGUUGACUAUACAGUGAAUCAGUAACAAUUAAAAGUGCAAAAAUGGCAGAUGAACCACCAACUAAAAAACAAAAAACAACACACGAAGAAAACAGUGAACGAAGCGAAUCAUUAAUGGAAUUGACGAUUGAUCGUGUGGAUACACCUGAAUUGGACGAACUUUUGGAAGAAAUCCUUAACAACUUUAAAGAAGUUGAGCCCGGAACUUCAAGUCAAACGAAUAAUAGCCAAAACAAUACAAGUGGUGAACAAUUUAUGGACGGACCUACCAGCGAAGGAAACUGUAGAUGGAUGGGCAAAUUUAGAGAAGAAAUGUCUAGAAGACCAUUUAUUUUGCACAGAAUACUUCGAUGCCGAAAUAAACGAGAAAUUAGUGACAUUCUUAAGGAGUUGGAAAAAAGAGUCAGCCGAUACAUGGGACAAAUUUUGUGGGUCUCAGUCCACGACACAAGUGGAUGGGAACACAUCCACACGGUCCACGACUGCUCUUUCAACAAAAAACAAUGUAGGUGCGGGAUUCUCGCUGGAUUCGAUGUUGCGAAACCUAACGACAACGCCAAUAUCGCAACCUACAACGUUACAGACGAACGACUCCAUGCUCUCUACGAGUAUUUGCAUAAGAGACCACGAUCAUUUAGAUACGUAUACGGCACCGAAACGAGAAGGGACAGAUUAUUUUAUCCACCUGCGUGCAAUUCCACUACAUGUGGUUACAAAUCCGAAAAUCGACAAAUCGCAGUACUGGAUGCAUGCGAGGCAAGAGCUGAAAUUUUUCGUGAACGAAACAGGAACAACAGAAAUUUCUCAGAAGUUUCUGGAACUAACGAGCACAGUGACGAAACAGAUAACGGAGGAUCCAGAAGUGCACCACGAACAACGAAAAUUUUUAUUUAUUAA